GAAGCUUGCCGGGAAACUGAGGCUUUCGAAUUCUGUAGUUGUUGUCGUCGAGGACCAAGUGAACUACAUAUCCCAAGAUGCAUGGCACCGAGUCAAGGCCAUCCCGCUGCUGGUCCCAGUAGUUCUUGGGAAAUGGAGUCCGAGCUACCUUGAAACUUAACGGACCAGGUUAUCCUUGAGACUCCAUUCCCCAGAAAGCUCUGCGCGUAGCGUGCGCUAUGGAGCCGCAAGUCGCAGAACUGAAGCGGACGAUGGAGGACACGUUGUGCCCUUUUGGCUUCGAGGUUUACCCAUUUCAGUACCCCCUGUACUGAGCUGUGUGCUUGGACAAAGCUAAAUCAACUCAGCUUGAGCCCUUUGCCUGAUGCUUAAGAGACAGCCCAUUUCCACCCCUUCCACUGAGUGGCCCACAGCAGUGCUGGAAAAGAAUAUGGAGGAAGAGAGGUGGCAUGGUAUAAUGCACUCCUGCCUCCAACUUUCCACCUACCCCUGCCAGGACCUACCCUGGCCUUCUUGGUACUCAGCACACCUGCCAUGUUUGACCGGGCCCUCAAACCCUUCCUGCAGAGCUGCCGCCUCCAACAACUGAUUGACCCUGUGGACCAGUGUGUGGCCUACCACUUGGGCCGCGUUAGAGAGAACCUCCCAGAGUUGCAAAUCGAAGUCAUCGCUGACUACGAGGUACACCCCAAUCGGCGCCCCAAGAUUCUGGCCCAGACUGCAGCACACGUGGCAGGGGCUGCUUAUUACUACCAACGAAAGGAUGUGGAGGCUGACCCCUGGGGGGACCAGCACAUAUCAGGUGUGUGCAUACACCCCCGAUAUGGGGGCUGGUUUGCCAUCAGAGGAGUGGUGCUACUGCCAGGAAUAGAGGUGCCAGAUCUGACACCCACAAAGCCCCUGGACUGUGUACCUAAGAGAGCUGACCGAAUCACCUUGCUUGAAGGGUUUAAUUUCCAUUGGCGUGACUGGACCUACCGAGAUGCUGUGACACCACAGGAGCGCUACUCAGAAGAGCAGAAGGCCUACUUUUCUACUCCACCUGCCCAACGUUUAGCCUUCUUGGGCUUGGCCCAGCCCUCAGAGGAUCCUAGCUCUACAUCUCCUGAGCUACCUUUUACAACACUCAGACCCAAAAAGCCCCAGAAUCCCAGCAGAGCCCAGGGCUGGCUCAGCCCCAGUGUCUCACCACCCGCAUCCCCUAGCCCCUGAUAUCCUCCCUCCCGUACUUGCUGGGACUCGUUUUGCUUUUUGGCAAGGCAAGAGAUUUUAUUUUGGAUAUAUUUAUUCUUGAUAAAAGAAUUCUAGUAGAGAUAGAUCUUCAGUGAAGGAUCUUGUCAAAACAGACAGAUCCAGAAUUCCCACCUGGCUUGGAACACGGGAUUAUUCCUAUUAGCAUUUCUCUGCAGUGCUCUAAGACGCUAAUUGUUACAAAGCCUUUCUAAAGGGGAAAUCAUCCCCUAAUGCCAUCUGCCUCAUAGGCUUGUGGGUAAUUAAUAAACACAUGGAAAGCA